CGAUCGGCAACGGGAGCGGAGAAAGGAACGCGGAGAGCCCGAAGGCAGCAGCCCCCACCACCGCCGGCCCAGGUUACCAUCUAGCACCGGGAAAACACACUAGAGAGCCACCGCCGGCUUUACCAACAGCGAAACACCAUGAGCAGCGAGGCCGAGACACAGCAGCAGCCGCCGCAGCCUGCCGCCGACGCGGAGAGCCCGUCCAGCCCGGCGGCCGCAGCUACAGCGGGGGAUAAGAAGGUCAUCGCAACUAAAGUCCUGGGGACAGUAAAAUGGUUCAAUGUUAGGAAUGGCUACGGUUUCAUCAACAGGAAUGACACCAAGGAAGACGUCUUUGUGCACCAGACCGCCAUUAAGAAAAACAACCCAAGGAAAUAUCUCCGCAGCGUUGGGGAUGGAGAGACUGUGGAGUUUGACGUUGUAGAGGGGGAGAAGGGUGCUGAGGCAGCCAAUGUUACAGGCCCGGGUGGCGUCCCCGUGCAGGGAAGCAAAUAUGCAGCUGACAGGAACCGGUACAGACGGUAUCCACGCAGAAGGGGUCCCCCUCGCGACUACCAGGAGAACUACCAGAGCGACGGGGAGGGGGAGGUCAGAGAGAAGAGGGAGGAAGAGAGCGCCCCUGAAGGUGACAUGCAGCAACAGCAGCGCAGACCCACCUACCCCGGCAGACGACGCUACCCACCGUACUUUGUGCGGAGGCGAUUUGGCAGACGUCCCCCCUACAACAACACAUCUCAGAGAGGAGAGAUGACUGAGGGUGGAGAAGGUGAUGAGAACCAGGGUGGUACAGACCAGGGCAACAAACCAAUGAGGCAGAACUACUACAGAGGCUUCCGACCAAGCAGGGGUCCCCCACGUCCCCGGCCAGCUCGGGAAGGGGAGGAGGAUAAGGAGAACCAGGGCGAGGGAGGGCAGAGCCAAGAGCCACGUCAGCGUCGCUACCGCCGCAACUUCAACUACCGCCGCAGACGACCCCAGAACGGCAAGCCUCAGGACGGCAAGGACAACAAAGCAGCCGACGCAUCAGCUGACAAGUCGGCCGCUCCCGAAGCCCAAGAGGGCGGUGCCGAUUAACCGUCACCGGCUUCACCAUCCGCACCAUCUAGCCGGUUUUUUUUAAAGAAGAAACAUCCAAGAUCUGAGCAAUAAGAAACAGAUAGACUUGUCGAUUGUCUAAGCUUGCAAAAAUGCAUUUCGACCAGAUUACCACCGAUUUGCCUGCAGACUCUAUGCAGACCUGUUUUCUUUCCAUUAUUUUUAUGUAACAGCUAAAAGUUUUGGGGAAACAGCAGACGUUUUUCUAAAUCGGUCUUAAGUUUUUACACCAAAUGGUUUUUAAAGUAAUUUGAUAUCUGGUCAGUUUGACAUUUUUAAAUAACUUUUUAUGUAUCCAAACAUGAAUUUUAACAAAAGCAAGCUGAAUAAAAUCAGAAACAUU